AUUCUGAGUUUAAAGGCAGACUUCUGAGUUUAAAAUGGAAAACAUUUUAAUUUGUAUAGUAAAUUAAAUAACAUGGAAUUGAUAUGUUCACAGCUAGAAUACAAUGUUAAGGUAUAGUGGCCUUUACCAAGUUGACUUUCUACAAUGACAAAAUAUUUUAAAAUCCACUCCACAUGAUGGAGAGUCCAGGCAUUAAGACUGUCCUAUAAGCUGAUCUCACAUAAUUGAUGACACCCUGUUCCAUAACAACACAUCACACUUUUCAUGCUGUGGUAUUUCCUCUCAUCACCGUGUCAUAGAAGAAACACCCAUUUUGUUGCCGUUUAUGAGACCACACAAACACAUCCUGUGUAAGUUUGAAAACCCACCCGUCCUUCCACUCAUGUGCUUUGCAGUCUCUCACCUUAUCCUAACUUACACACAUUUGUCAGAAACUCUUACCCUGUAUGGAGGACUAAAUGUGCCUUAUCAUUAAAUAGAUAAAUCAAUAUACAUAUGUAUUUUCAUUGUCUGUGUGCUUUGCAAUUCCAAAGCAAUAAGGGGGUGGAACCUUUUUCAUUUCCAUAGUGUAAGUGCAUUAUAUUGCAACUGCAAAAGAGGGGUGAGACUUUUAGGAUUAGCAUUUGCAUGGUGUCUGUACUUUGCACUGCAACUGCCAUAGGGGGCUGGCACUUAGUAAGGUUGAGCUGUUCUGAUUGGACGGAAGUAUUGUACACUUUAUUGCUACAUACAUAUCUUUUUUUUGGGUUACUUCUAAAUUGCGUCACAGCCGCCAUGUCAUUGGUUUUGAACAUGUAUGUAUUCAUCAUUUAACAACAUAUGUGCUGUUGUUGAGUGUGUUUUAGGGAGGGAAAGGACGCCGAGAGGAAUGUGUGUCAGUGUAGCGCAGCACGAUUCUUCCACGAUUUGGCCAACAGACACCCAAGUGAAGACGAGAGAUUUGACAGCCUUUCGGGAAACGUCCAGAGAGACAGCAUUUGUCACUUUUGAUUUAGUAUCCAAAUGAAAAACAUAAAAGCAAAGGUGUAUAGUAGGGUCUCUUGUAAGUCCUGCAGGCUGGAAACAACAUACACAGCUCAAGGAGUGCUCUCCUCCUCCCUUUUGUGUAACAAUUCUGGAUUCUAAAUAAUUAAUUACCUCCAAAACACCCAAGCAUAAACUCCUAAAUAAAAGUAGCAGCCAGCCUGGACCCAAGCAUUAUCGGACAUGCUGUAUGAAAAAGAGGUAAUUCUUCAUUCAUAUUAACUAACGGUUAGUUACUGUGGUAACAAACUAGUCAAUCUGACUAGGAGCCCUAUCUCUAUGGAUCUUGAAGUGUGAUAGAAUGAAAAUGCAACUGUGUUUUUAUUUAUUUAAUGUUACUGCAUACUUAGUCAUCCAUGACCCAGAGCAAUGUAACUGCAUACCACUUUCACACUUAGCUGUACUGGCCCUGUCUGGGAAUGAAACCCACAACCCUCGCUUUACAAGCACCAUGCUUUCACCAAUUGGCCAACAGCCUUACCAGAUCCUACUGCUGUACGCUAUGGUGUCAAACCGUUUAUUUAUUCAUGGCCUAUUCUCUACAGUCCACACCAGUGUGUAGGAAAGGUUUACACUGUCACUGUGGUUUCUGACCUGGCACCUAGCCUCUUUUCUCUUGAUCUCCUGUCUGAUCUGGUGAACACAAACCUCAAACUUAUCAUCUGUUAUUUAGAGUAGAAAGACUACUUAGGAUGUGGAUAUAGAGUAUGUUCUAUGGGUGCUCACCUGACAGUGUGUUUACUGAGAAGAGAAGGUUUUGUUGUGGUGUGACCAGAGGCUGUGGAUGGGCAAAAUCACCUAAGUAACCUGUCAUUCAGCUGUCUGUAUGUACACCAAUGUGUGGCCUGAGAUGAGAAAACAACUGUCAAACAGAGGUUGAAAAACAGAGGUUCAAAACCUCAAGCUGGAAAGAAAGCAAAGUGACGCCUCUGCAAUACUAGCACCAUUUUGAUUGUCACCACACAUUCUUAACUUAUGUCACGAUGAGUCUUGCGCAGGAACCCAAAAGUAGAGCAGGAUGAGGUAAGUAGAAGGUGAGUACUUAUUUGGAUUUUGAAUGAGGGAAACGAUUAGGUUCCGUUGGUCGGCAGGGAGUGAGGCAGGAAGACGGGAGGCUUGUGUGCUGAUCCAAUACGUGCUGCAGUGAGGUAGACGGCCAGGCAGGUGUGAGUGACAAAACAAAAAUAGCAAAAGGACUUUCCAAAGCAGCAGCUGGAUACGGGAGCUAAACGUACUGGUUACGCUAACGAUCCGGCAGGGAAUGGAUGUAUGGUCGUGGCUUAUAACGGUGCAGGGAAAGGUAGUCAGGACGAGGUGUGCAGAUCGCAGCAGGUGUAAGUGGUUGGAGACUCAGCCGGGAUGUGUUCAGGAACACAGGAAAAACGAACUUCAGACUAGAGACAAAAACAAAACACUGGCACAACAGGCUCAGGAUGCUGGAGCCAUGACAACUUAAGCUACAGUGGGGACCUUGGCCACCAAUCCCUUGCCGGUUCUAAAUACCAAGUAGUUGGCCAACCAAAUAAAUGCCUAUCUGCUUGAGACCUCUCUUAUCAAUGGUCCUUACCAGGCUUGGAAUUAAAAUACAGACUUCUCUACUUCAAAGGGCUUCCUGGAAAACACUGUGACCUAUCAUCUGGGUGUCAGGAGGACCAGAUGGCUCACACUCUAUGAGAAUAGCUGUAUUAAAAGGUUUUUUGGUAAAAAUACAAAAAUAUAGAUUUUCUAUCAUUCCCCUUCUCAAGACAGCCAUGGUCUAAGAUCACACAAACAAACCAAACAUAUCAGUCAGUCAGGAAGUAAAGCCUUGCCCAGCCAAGUUUGGCAUGAAAACACUCAGCCUGUCUUUUCUAAUAUACCAGUCUGACCGACAUUCAGCCCUUCAGACCCACAUAUCAGGGAGGAUCACUCCAAUCGUAGAGAUCGACACUUCAGAUGCCAUGCAAACAGCAUCAAUGUGAUGUAUACUGUUUCCUGUCCUCCCAUUGGACGGGUGUGAUGGCUCAAUAGGCCACUAGUGUCAGUAAAAUGCUUGCAUUCCUGGUGUAGAACUGCUACCAUGAAAAGAAUCGUUGGUCAAAAAGUGCAGAAAUCUCAGUUUUUUCCUCUAAGAGAUAUCUGAAGUAAUUGCCCCAUUGGUUAUGUUUCCAUAAUCUGCUGUGAUUUCAUUUCAUCCUUUAUGUUCACAAUAUUGAUAUUGUAACACCUGCCACGGCUCUCCCGGCACCAUGGCACUCCUCUCCUCCCACCUACCCAGCCACCAUCGGUCCAACUGUCACAACCUCCAACUUCCCUCUGGACUUAAAUGCAUCCCAGGUUUAUUCGUCACGCCUGUUCCCCAUGUAUCAUCCCAGGUUUAUUUGUUCCCCAUGUAUCAUCCCAGGUUUAUUCAUCACACCUGUUCCCCAUGUAUCAUGCCAGGUUUAUUUGUCACGCCUGUUCCCCAUGUAUCAUCCCAGGUUUAUUUGUUCCCCAUGUAUCAUCCCAGGUUUAUUCAUCACACCUGUUCCCCAUGUAUCAUGCCAGGUUUAUUUGUCACGCCUGUUCCCCAUGUAUCAUCCCAGGUUUAUUUGUUCCCCAUGUAUCAUCCCAGGUUUAUUUGUUCCCCAUGUAUCAUCCCAGGUUUAUUCAUCACACCUGUUCCCCAUGUAUCAUGCCAGGUUUAUUUGUCACGCCUGUUCCCCAUGUAUCAUCCCAGGUUUAUUUGUUCCCCAUGUAUCAUCCCAGGUUUAUUCAUCACACCUGUUCCCCAUGUAUCAUGCCAGGUUUAUUCAUCACACCUGUUCCCCAUGUAUCAUGCCAGGUUUAUUCGUCAUGCCUGUUCCCCAUGUAUCAUCCCAGGUUUAUAUGUUCCCCAUGUAUCAUCCCAGGUUUAUUUGUUCCCCAUGUAUCAUCCCAGGUUUAUUUGUUCCCCAUGUAUCAUCCCAGGUUUAUUCAUCACACCUGUUCCCCAUGUAUCAUGCCAGGUUUAUUUGUCACGCCUGUUCCCCAUGUAUCAUCCCAGGUUUAUUCAUCACACCUGUUCCCCAUGUAUCAUGCCAGGUUUAUUCAUCACACCUGUCCCCCAUGUAUCAUGCCAGGUUUAUUUGUUCCCCACAUAUCAUCCCAGGUUUAUUUGUCACACCUGUUCCCCAUUUAUCAUCAGGCAGCAUGUUCAAAUAUCCACUGUACUGUUGCUAAUAUUGAGCAGUAUUGUUCUCACGCCUGUUUAUGUACCUGUCAUAGGUGUGUGUUUUAUGUUCUUUGUAUUUGCUCGGGCUACCUUGUGUGUUUGUAUCAUCUUCCCUUUGUGUUAA